UUCUACAUCCCCCUCUCUUGUUAAAUAAAAGUGCCACCACUGAAAUACGCCUGUUACUUCCUGCCUCGUUGGGUGUUUGUCUGUCUUUUUCGAAACCAUCAUAGAGCAUUUUCUUUUAGUGCAAGAUAUUGAGUACCACUGCACCUCACCUGCCUGUCUACCAGCCCAGAUCAGCCCACAGUACCACUGCUGUUCACCUGCUUGUCUAUCUGUCCACGAUGAAGCUCAUCUUGACUCUCUCUCUCAUCUGCAUUCACUUCUGCUCAGUUGAGAUGCUGCAGUGUUUCAACUGCACUGAUGCAGCAUGUACAAACUCUUCUUUAGUUACCUGUCCAGCCUCAAAUGAAAGAUGUCUCACUGCAACCAGAACCAUAAAAGGUCCCGAUAAUACCACCGUGGUACUCAAAAUGUGUUCACCAUCCUCCAUCUGUGUAACUCCUCUUAACACUGAAGUCACAGUGUCAGGGAACUUGGGCAUCAUAAGGGCUGCCUCUAACCAGCUCUGCUGUAACACCAAUGGGUGCAACAAUGAAACUCUGUCUGCCCCGAGUUCACUGGCUAACGGAAGACAAUGUACCUCCUACAGCAGCUUCCAAGGUGUUGUGCAUAACAGCACUGUGGCCUGCCUGGGGGUGGAGGACCAGUGCUUGAGCUUCAGCAGCAAUGCAAGACACCAAUUGCUGGGCCUCACCAUCAGCAAAAUCAUCUGAUGGGAACAGUUGUGAGCACCUCUACCAUCUGAGGCCGGAGAUGAGGAGCGCCCAGGAGUUUGCACUGGAGUUUAGGACCCUGGCUGCCGGCGCUAGAUGGAGCAACAGGGCCCUGAUCGAUCAUUACCGCUAUAGUCUACGUGAGGACGUCCGUCGGGAGCUGGCCUGCAGAGACACCACCCUCACCUUUGACCAGCUGGUAGACCUAUCCAUCCGGCUGGACAACCUGCUGGCUACUCGUGGACGUCCAGAUCGGGGUCUGAUUGUUUCAUCCUCCCGCAUACCCUCUCCGAUACCCAUGAAACUGGGAAAGGUGCGCAGGGAGACCGGAGGGGGUUACCGCUUGUGCACCAUAUGUGGCCGCAGAGGUCACACUGCUGGUCGGUGCCGGGUUGUUUCCUCUGAGAAUCGAGGUAGCAAGCAGAGCAUUCUGGCGUCACCCCAGGUGAGUAGGCACCAUUCUCAUCUAGAGCCCUCUGUUGCACAUAUGUUUGUCUCUGUUACUUCUCCUGAAUUUUCCCCACGUUCACAGCAUAAGGCUCUAGUAGAUUCAGGCGCGGCUGG